AGGAUGAAGAAAUCCCAGUUCUUCAUGAAGCUGGACCAUUGCAGAAGCCAGAUGCCCAAAUCGGCUCAAUUCUUCUGAGAAACAGAUGAAAUUCCGAGGUACACAAUGAAAUGAAACCUCAACCACCCACAAUCUCAAACUCGUUUUCAUUUCUUCAGUCUACGCUGCUAGUUUGAGCUUUUUCCCUUCAAUUUCUCCAGAAAUUGUCUUGGAAGCAAUCGAAUGACCCAAGAGUCAUUCCCCUUAGUAUUUUGUAGUUUAGAAAGGUCACUGUUGAUUGAUUGCUGUUACUGGGCAUUCAAUGAUAAUUCCUAGAAUCGGCAAAAGGGUGUGUUGGGAAAUGAUUUCCCAUCUUAAUGACGUAUUGAUUCCGUCUUCGAUUUCUAUUUCUGAGAGAGGAUCUUCUUCUUCUUCAUCUGUUUCACCGAGUCUAAAAGCAUUAAGGUUGAAGGGAAUUCGGUGUUUUCGAAGUUGUGAUCAUACUCAUUCUAGCAAAAUACCCAUGGCAGAAUCGACCAGCCAGAGACCUAACUCUGUUAAAGGUAUGAAAGUAUCACGAGCAGUGAGAAGUGAUGCGCAAGCUGCACUCUUUGAUUACCUGCACUACACUAGGGGAUUCAAUUUCCCCGAUGCAGAGCAUAUUAGCAAGAACUCUCCUUUUUUCCUUGAGAAAUUGAUAUCGAAGGUUGAGAAUGAGGAGGAUGUGUCAAGGGCAUUGUCAAGGCUGUUUAGGUAUCAACCCAUUAAUGAGUUUGAGCCCUUUUUCGAGAGUUUGGGCUUGAGCCCCGAUGAGAUAACAUUGCUACUUCCGCGCAACUUGAUGUUCUUGAGUGACAACCAUGUCUUGCUUGGCAACCACCGCGUUCUUUGUAGGUUUGGGAUUCCUCGCAGUAAUAUUGGGAAGAUCUAUAAGGAAGCAACUGAGAUUUUCGAGUACGAUGAAGGAGUAUUGGAUAGGAAAUUGAUAGCUUUUGAGAAAAUGGGUUUAAGUCGAUCCAUGACAAUACAGCUCGUGAUCUGCUUCCCCACUCUGCUGGUUGGUGAUGUAAACAACGAACUUCUUCAGGUGAUUAAGAGAGUGAAAGAAAUUGGGAUUCUGAAUGAGUGGGUGGGCAGGUAUCUGUCUAACGGGCAUUCAUACGAUUGGAGUAGAAUACUUAGGACGACACACUUUAUCACUGAAAUCGGUUAUAAUGAGACACAGAUGGGUGAUUUGCUCAAGGCAAAUCCUGCAUUUCUGUUCGAAGGCUCUGGGAGGUGCACCUACGUGUUGGUUGUUCAAUUCGUGAAAUUGGGUCUUGAGAUGGACGAAAUCCGGUCUGUGCUUUUGAAAUACCCCAAGAUCCUAUCUUUGAAGUAUGCUAAGAGGCUUUGGAAGGCAAUGUAUUUUCUGUUUCAGAUUGGAAUGGAGACUGAUGCCAUUGCAAGAAUCAUAUCCGACCAUAUAGAGUUAUUGGGCUCAAAUUUUAUAAAAUCACCAGAGACUGUCUUGAAGCAUUUCAAAGGAGACAAGCGCUGUUUAUGUCAGACAAUUCUGGACGACCCUCUGAACUUGUUCAGAUUAGCUUCAAAGUCACAAGUCAAGAUCAUCAAGCAAACAGGUCGCCGGGUCCCUUCUGACAAAACACCAUUCUUACUGAUGUUAGGGUAUGCAGAAAACUCAGAGGAGAUGACGAAAGCCAUGAAAGUGUUCCGUGGGAGAGGUGACGAGUUACAGGAGAGGUUCGAUUGCCUUGUAAAUGCUGGGUUGGACUGCAAUGCCGUGGUGGGCAUGGUUAAGAAGGUCCCUUCAUUGCUGAACCAGAGAAAAGAUGUCAUUGAGAGGAAACUGGAGAGCUUGAAGAACAAUUUGGGUUAUCCGGUGGAAUCGGUCGUGUCAUUUCCCUCCUUUCUCUGCUAUGAUAUGAACAGAAUAAGUCUUAGGUUUUCGAUGUUUGGAUGGUUGAGGGAGAAGGGCAUGGCAAAGCCCAAGGUUUCGCCAACCACUCUCCUUGUCUGUUCCGAUGUGCGCUUUGUAAAAUACUAUGUUGAUGUACAUCCAGAAGGCCCUGCAAUGUGGGAAUCUUUGAAAAAAUCACAUUAUGCAACAAGCUGAGAUCAAUUUUGAUUCACUUUUUUUCGGGUGCAUUGUUCUAUUGCCUGAUUUUGUUUUGCACAUAGCUGUGAAUAAAUUGAUGGAGAGAACUAACUUGUACUUGAUCUUUUUAUUGAAAAAUGAAACCUUGUUUGGGUGGGUUUAUCAACUAAUUCUUUCAUCAAAUGCCAAGUUAUUAGCACUAGGCGAAUGAUUGAAUUGGGUGAUAAUAAAAAGGGAAUGUGUGA